CCGAGCUAAAUGCGCUUUAAACGACUAAAAUAAACCUCUUUGCCACGCAGACAUUAACUUUUGGAGGUCUGUUGUGGAUGCUACGCUUUAAUAAUACGUUGUCUUUGCUUGUUUAUUUGACAAAAAAAGGCUAAAAACCAACCGGCGGACAAAUGAGCCUCGUCCUCUCUCAACAACAGGCUGAGAGCCUCCCAGCUGUGGCCCAGACAGCAGCAGAGAGCGACUCAGACAGCGGGAUGGGCUCUCCAGCAGAGGAGGUGGUGACUGGGGCGACUAACAAUAAAGAUGAUCGACCAGAUUCUGACGACGAUGAAGACAUCACAGCUCACAGAAAGCCUCGCCGUAACGCCAUCAGAGACAGUGACAGCGAAGAGGAGGAGGAAGCGGCGGAGAACAGCGUACACAUGGCCGAAGCACUGGUGUUAUCUGCCUCCAGCGGAGAAGAGAUGGAGACCGGAGAGGUGGAAGAAAAGGACGAGAGCAAAAAGAAAAGGGCGCAGAAGAGCAAGAGAAUAACUCGUGCUCCCAUUGACAGCGACGACAGUGCGCCUGAGCAAGACAAAUUUGAUGAAGUGGAGGAGGAAGAGAAGAAGGAGGUGAAGACAGUGAAAGAACGGAAGAAGAGGGAGAAGAGUCAGAGGCAUCGGGAGAAAAAGGAGAAACGCAGCAAAGCAGUGGAAAAACUAAAGAAGAAAGAGAGAUUCUCUGAAUUGAGUGAGGAUGCACCUCUUCCUCGGGCUCUGAAUGACAGUGGAUGCAUGCUGGGUGACAAUGACCUCUUUGACACUGGUCUGAAUGAGGAGGAGGACGAGGAGGAAGAAGAGUCUCUGGAAGCCAUCCGAGCUUCAGUCCAGCUUAAGAUGAAAAAGCACAAGGGCCCUCUCCUGGAUGAGUAUGAAGAUGAAGAUGUGCCAGAAAAACCCCAUCGUGUGGAGAGGAAAGCUGCACGUGCCAGCAAAGAGGCGAUGAAGCAGCUCCACAGUGAGUCUCAAAGGCUGGUCAGAGAGUCUACACUCGGUCUGCCCUACCACAUUCCUGAGCCCAAGACCCUCAACCAGUUCUUUAAGAAGAGGGCGAGGCCAGAGGGUCCGGCCAUGGCACUGUUGAAAUCUACAAAGUAUUCAGCGAUGAUGUUGGAAACACUUCCAGCUCCAGCUCCAGCUCCAGCCCCAGCCCCAGCCUCACUUCCUGAAAACCGUCCCAGUGAACCCCAGCAACCAUCCACAGAGACAGAGCAGGACUCCCCUCCCUCUCUGGAUCUCUCAUCCACUCAGAUCCAGCCCUUACUUGAGCCUGCCGCCGCCUCGUCCCCGCAGCAGGAGAGCCUUAGUCAACCCAGAGAAGCUACUGAGGGUCCAGAAAAUGCCGAUCAAGAAUCUGGGCCGAUGCUUUACCUCUCUGAGAGUCUGACCGAGUCAGUCCCAGCAGACGCUGUGAUGAAUUCUGCUUCUGGCUCUGGAGAUGAAGCCUCUGCUGCACCUCUAGAACAAAGCCAGACUGCAGCUAUGUCGGAUACUGAAGCCCAGCAAGAGGAGGCUCCAUCUGGGGCUUCGGUUGAGCCUCCAGCCCCUCAGUGUCAGAGUGCUGAUCCAGCUGCAAAAGAGCCCUCAGUACAGCAACCCACUAAGCCCAAGAAGGACAGAUUAGCCAGACUGAAGGAGCUUGGGCUGCACCCCCCACCUGUCGUCAAAUUGUGUGCUGAUGAGGGAGCUUUUGUUCAGCUUGAGUUGCCACAGCUCAACCCCGGUGUGGAAUCCCUGAAGGAGCGCUACCUUCGUCACGUCCAGGCACCCGUUCGUCCCCAGCCGGCGCGCACGAUGCAGCUCAACAUCAUCCGCAAAGACAGCACGCCGUCAGGCCAGGAAGAGCUGCUCGCUGAGUCUGUCACCGUGACUGUUAAAGAGGGAGCGGAGGAACCUCCAGUCACCAAACCUGGAGAGAAGCUGUUGACUCUGAAGCAACGUCUGCAGCUCGCCAUGGCCCAGCGGAGGAAAGAGGAGAGGGCGCGCAAGGCCGAGCUGAAUCGCCUAGAUAACGAAGAAUGUGAAGAGGAAGAAGAAGAGAUGACAGAUUCAGAGUCAGAACCAGAAGAAGGUGUAGAUGAACUUUUAGGAGGCGAUGAUGGGGAAGAUGAGGCAGAAGAAGAGGAUGAGGAGGGCAGCGUGGUCCAGAGUAUCAGGAGCCGUUCUCCGGUGGUGCUGAACGGACCCUCGCCGACUCCUGACCUGGUUAACACAGAUGGCACACUCAUGCUGUUCCCUGGCAACUCCUGCUCUCGCACGGGUGAUGGUGUAAGGAGGUCUGGUCCCUCUGGACAGGACAGCAAUAAUAAGAUGGAAGAGGAAGACUCUCUAUCGCUGGUGAAGGACAACAGCCACAACAGCAGCUUUGAGCUGGCGGGCUCCAUGAUCACCUCCUACCAGCCUGUCAGUCAUCAGCGCUCCACAGGCAGAGGUGUUUCCAGCUCCUCCAUGUUCCGCUCCCCUUCUCCCUGCCAGUUCAGACCCAGCUUCCUCAGCUCGGCUUCCAAGAGCUCAGGUAAACUCUCCGAGCCCUCUCUCUGCCUCCCCGUUGAGGAUUCCCAAGACCUGUACGCACCUCCCUCCCCAGGUGCUGACUCGGGGCCCCUGGGUGGAGCGGCUGCCGCCCCCAGCCUAGGAGGAGACUCCCAAGGUCGCUUCUCCCUAGAAGACGACACCCACUCCCAGUUACUCGACGCGGACGGCUUCCUUAACGUCGGACCUCGCCCCGGUGCGCCUCGCUCCCACAAGAGGCAGCUGAUCCUGGACAGCCUGGACGAAAACGCCAUGGAUGCCAACAUGGGGGAGCUUUUAGGGUUGUGCUCGGGUGUUUUUGGGGGAGCGGGGAGCAGCUCCAGUCGAGGCGGACAGGUGGCAGCGGGCCUCGGGGCAACACAGGAGGAUGAGCUGCUCGGGUUGUGCUCGGGAGCGUUUCCGCCCACGCAGGCUGACAAGAAGCAGACGGAAAGUGAGAAGAGUAAGGAGAGAGUAGAGGAUGAAGAUGCCAUGGAGGAGCUGCUGGGAAUGUGUUCUGGCAAAUUUCCUAGUUCAGAUUCUGCUCACUCGGCGUCACCAGCACAAGACAGAAAAACAAAUCCAGAGGAAGAGGAGCAGGAGGAAGAGGACUGCGAGUUCAGGCUUCUAUCAGAUGUAGAAAGUCACAGUGAACAGGAAGACGAUGAUGAGGAUGGUGAAGGGGAUAAUGAUGAUGAGGUGGAGGAUGAGGAAGAAGGGAAUAAUGAGGUGGAAGAGGAGGAGAUGGACGGUGUGUUCUCACCGCAGCGGCCUAAGAAAAAGAAGAAAAUGCAUUUAGCAGACUUCUUGGAGUCGGAGGCGGAGCUGUCAGGAAGCGACAUGGGCAGCGACGAUGAAGACGGUGACGGAGGCAGCGAGUACGAGGACGAGGAGCUCCUUGAAGAGCUUCCUUCUGAUGAAGAGCUGGCGGACCAGGUCAACAAGAUCCAUAUGAAGCAGAUCAUGGAUGAUGACAAGCGUCGUCUGAGACUGUACCAGGAGCGUUACCUGGCCGACGGUGACCUGCACUCUGACGGCCCGGGACGAGCUCGCCGCUUCCGCUGGAAAAACAUCGACGAUGGCCUCACCACGGACAGGAUGGGAGGUGAGGGUGAGGAAGAGGAGGAGGAAGACGGCGACGGCGAUGUCGACCUAGCCGAGAUCCAGAGGAGGAAGGAGAGACUGGAGAGAGAGCAGUGGCUCAAAGAACAGUCUGAACAGAAAGCCAAGAAAGGGGAAGAUUUGGAUGCCGAUGAUCAGAAGAUUGGAGAGGAAGACAGUCAGUUUAUGAAGCUGGCCAAAAAACUGACUGCCAAGACUCUUCAGAGGAAAGAGCUCCCAGUGGCACCACAACCAGAGAAGAAGACGUCAGCAGCUCUCAAUCCUUUCCAGAGACCCUCGCAACCCUCACAGGUGAGAAGAGGGUCACUCCUGAGUCAGCCUCAAUCCGUCCUGCAGAAGCUAGCGUCAAUCUCGGAGGGGAAUCCUCUGGCGCCCAGAAACAGCCGCGGAUUCCUCUUUCAAACGUUGUCUCCCGAGAAGGACAACUCCUCUACCUCGGACGCUCCUCAGAAACAAAUGAUGAAGAAGAGGGGGCAGGUGGCGGCCAUCAACCCGACAGCUAAGAGGGUCUGCAGAGAGAACAAACCUGCAGGACAGACGAAAGGACCCCAGAGAAGCAUUUUCAACUACCUGAACUACUGAUGUCACAAUGAAACUGCACUGAAUGACGAUCACCAGCAGGCUGGGAGGCCGCCUGUCUUUCUGCUGAUGGGUACCCGAAUUUCAAUCAGUUUUUUUUUUUUUCAUUCACCAAUAAGACUUUAAAAAUGAAGGAGGUGACCAAAGUGGCUGGUGGACGUCCUCAUAUGUACAUAUACGGAUGGUCAUGUUUACGUCACCUUUAAAAGAGCAAACUAUAAAGCACAACUGAAGCAUCAU